AUGUUUCUCGAUCCCGGGGAAUUAGAAGAAGAUAGCAUCAUUCAACAAUAUCAGAUUAACUCAGUGGGAGAGAUCCAUGAAGGUCAACACACUCUUCCACGCUCUUUCGCAACUCCUAUGACCCCCAUCAAUGAUCCUUCUUAUGAUGAUUUGAUCGAAGUGAAACCAUCAAAGAUCCUGAAGACAGCUUACAUAUCACCAAAAUUUCCACCACCACCCUCUUUUCCUCUUCCUCCUUAUUCAAAGACUCAUCUCCAUCAUCAGCCUUCCUCAAGACUUCUUUCUUUCGAGAAUGCAUCUCCAAAUGUUAUGGACCAUGAGUACCCUCCCACCUAUCUAAACUCAAUCUUUAAUCCCAAAGUUGAGGAUGAAGUCCCGCCAAACCGGAUGAAUGAGCCGAAUAAUCGAAAAGGGAUCAAGAGAGCUCAACCUUUGUACAGAAACCAAUCCAAUUCGCAAGAUCACAUAAUCGCCGAAAGAAAACGUAGAGAGAAACUUACUCAACGAUUUGUAGCUCUUUCUGCUCUAGUUCCUGGCUUGAAAAAGAUGGACAAGGCUUCUGUGUUGGGAGAUGCAUUAAAGCAUAUAAAGUUUUUACAAGAAAGAGUAAAGGAGUUUGAGGAACAAAAGAGAGAAAGAAGGUUAGAAUCAGUGGUUCUUGUGAAGAAGUCUAAGCUGAUUUUGGACGAUAAUAAUCAAUCAUCUGCGUCGUCGUGUUGUGAAGAUGGCUCCUCCGGGUUAGAUCUUCCCGAGAUCGAAGUAAGAUUCUCAGAUAAAGAUGUUCUAAUCAAGAUCCUUUGCGAGAAGCAAAAGGGCCAUGUUACCAAGAUUAUGGCCGAGAUUGAGAAACUUCAUUUCUCAAUAACCAACUCAAAUGUUUUGCCCUUUGGACCAACACUUGAUAUCACCAUUAUAGCUAAGAAGGAGAGUGAUUUCGACAUGACACUCAUGGAUGUCGUAAAGAGCUUGAGGUCUGCUUUAUCAAAUGUCUUGUGAUUUGUUUCAAAUUUCACGCUAAAGGUCGAUUUCUUUGGGAUACUUAUUUUUACAUAUUGAAGCAUCUUAAGUAGUUUUUACCAUGAAAUUUUUCAUUUUUAUUGAUAAGUUUGAUUGGAAUAGUUGAAGAAUCAUUCCUUUCAUACGUAUCGAUAUCAAUUAGACAAUUUUCAUGGUUUGGGGUCGAAAUUUCUCCCCGGCUUUCCCACUCCUUUUUAUUUUGUUAUCUGAAAUUAUAAAGAUGUAAAGCACUUUCAUUUGUCUUUUUCAGUUUGAGACAAGGUUGGAUUUUUCUUUGACAUCUAUCUUUCAUGUUGUAUAUGUUUCCUCCUGUGUAUUGCGUCUUUUUAAUUGUAGACCAAAUUACUUAAGCGUGUGAUAAUAUUUUGUGAUGUAUCGGCGGUCUCGAAACAUACAUACUAUCUGUAGUAUUUAUAUUUUUCUUCUAUAACUUUUGGGGAA